AUGACUAACUUUACGAUUCCGACCCCUAGCAGACAACAAACUGCCCUGACGUCCCGCAGCACCGCGCUCAAGGUCAUCGAAUCCACAGCCAUCCUUUUUAUAAAUUUAUUUGCGCUUGCUGGAAACACAAUCUUAUACUGGGCUAUCCGAAGAAACUGCCGCCUUCGACAAAAUACAGUGAAUUUAUUAAUUUCAUCUCUGGCUUUGUGUGAUAUACUUAUGGCCGUUCUUUGUAUGCCGUUCUCGAUAGGAGUUUUCAUUCUGGGACGGUGGAUGUUUGGCGAGUUAGCUUGUCAGCUCCAGGGAUUCGCUUUCUUCGUGUUGGCGUUUGUUUCGCAAGAAACCAUGGCCCUGAUUGCAGUAAACCGCUACCUAAACGUUACAAAACCUGUCGUUUAUCGUAGAAUCUUUACACGCAAAAGAUCUCUUAGAAUGAUCGUAUUUGUAUGGCUAGUUUGCGUGAUUUACGUAAGUAUUUUUGCCAUCCUGAAAUGGCCAGUUUUCGUCUUCGACCCCGGCAAGACUAUCUGCCACAUUAGCUUAACAGAUCACAAUUUUAAGAAUGCUUGGAAUACAAUAACAAUGGUUGUUUUUUCACUUACCCCUAUGGCAACCCUAUUUGUUUCUUACUGGCGGGUUUUGGUGUACGUUCGUAGACACAAUACUGUAGCUUUACGCUCGCUUCGCACUGGAAGUUUGCAAAGAAGUGCCCAUGCAUUGGAAGAUAUAAAGAUUAGCAAGAUCAUUCUGGGUCUGAUAGCGGGGUAUUUCUGUUGUUGGCUCCCGGCAUACAGUAUUUCUUACGUCAAGCUAGCUUAUCCCGCUGUUUCAGACCAGCGUUUCCCCCAAACCCUCUGGGCUUUUCUGGUAUUCAGUUCUAGUGCCAUAAAUUCUGUUAUUUAUGGAAUUCUGAACAGAACAUUUCGAAUAGAAAUUCUCAAUAUAGUGAGUUGCAAAAGGGGUGUAGAUCGAGCCGUCGAAAACAACAUUACGAACCGUGUCUUGUAA